GAUCUGGCACAGAGGCGGGAAGGGAGCACAGCACCAGUCCUGAACAAGGUUUGAGCCAAAAGCACUCUGCUGCCCGACUCUUUACCGACAUUCCUCCGUGUGUCAGGCUCGCUGGACUGAGCCAAACGCUUCACGGUGCGUAAUUACGCACCGGGACGACAAAUCCGCGCAGUUUUUCGGCGUGGAAACCCGCGGACAAAGGAAGGCAGUCUGGAGUACAACUGACUUGAGAAGAGAGGAGUCCUAUUGGAGGGGAAACAGGGGAGUCUGGAGUCGGAAGUGAUUUGUCAUUUUUUUUCGGAAAUGUGAGUUGCGUCCAGGAUUUUUGGGGAAGAAGCGAAUCAGUUUGGAAACAGAGGAGAAAAGAACAAAAAGUGAGGUGGUGGUGAGUGGAAGCAGUCCUCAAACAGCAUCCAUACCUUCGGAGCAUGGGAGGAGUUGCCUGUGAGCUGUAAAAUGUUCCCGAUACAUCGAGAGAGGGAGCAGCCCAUCUUCAGUGCCAGAGCUCAUGUCUUCCAGAUCGACCCGGCCACAAAACGCAACUGGCUGCCAGCCAGCAAACACGCUGUCACGGUGUCCUUUUUCUACGAUGCCAGCCGCAGCGUCUACCGCAUCAUCAGUGUUGGCGGGACGAAGGCCAUCAUCAACAGCACCAUCACCCCCAACAUGACCUUCACCAAAACCUCCCAGAAGUUUGGCCAGUGGGCAGACAGCCGGGCCAACACCGUCUAUGGCCUGGGCUUCUCCACAGAGCAGCAGCUGCAGCAGUUUGCAGAGCAGUUCAAGGAGGUGAAGGAGACGGCCCGUUUGGCCAGAGAGAAAUCUCAGGAGAGGUUUGAACUGGCCAACCCUGCGCUAAACAUUGCAGCUCCAGAGGAGCUGUCGGAGGAGCGUCAUUCUCCGCCGCUGCUCACAGUCAACGGGCCAGGCGAGGAAAAGCUGUUUCGCAGCAAGAGUGCUGAAGUGGAGCUGACGGCAGAGAAGGAGAGGGUCAAAAAGAUGUUGUCUGAAGGGUCCAUGUGUGAGAUAAACCUGGAGGCUGAACUCUUCACGCUGCAGGACAGUAACUCCAAGCUGGUUGAUGCACUGCAAGAAGCCAACAGCAGCGUGGAGCAGUGGAAGAAACAGCUAGCUGAAUACCAGGAGGAGACCGAUCGCCUCAGAGACCAGGUGGCAGAGCUUGAGGCCCAGCUGGGGCAUCCUGCUGCUGGUCAGACUGCUAGAGAGGAGCUGAGUCGAUCACUAGAGGAGCUGGAAGCCCUGCUGAGCGCCAAAGAUCAGGAAAUUCACAAUCUACAGAGCAGGAAACCAGAUGUGGGUGAGCUGGAGAAGGAGAGAGAGGAGGCCAUGCAGAGACUCCAGGAUCUGGAGAGACUAAACGGCGACUUGGAGGAACGGGUCCAGAGUGCUGAAAAGACGCUGGCGUCGAGCCGGGAGGAGCAGAACCAGGCGGAGGGCGAGGUCCGACGCAUCAUCGACGUCCUUGACGUCAAAAUCUGUGACCUGAACGACUUGAGAACGAGCCUGGCAAAACUCAUCGACAAAUAGCCACAACAGCAGUUGGGCUGCAUCUCCACAGUCAGCACUGGUUCCACCCAUGUGGCCUUGAUUUGUGUUUCACUGGUUUAUCAGCAGAGCAACUAUCAAAGCAAUAUGUAAGAAAACAUACUUGGUGUUUACCUUCACGGAUCUGUGUUUUUACGAUCAGUGCAGGUAAACAACAAGUAUCACAAACCUCUGUUUGGUGUUAUGUGCAAAAUAAAACGUCAUAUUAAUUCUGCAACCUUGGUAUACUUAUCAUAAACAGUUGAUAGUGUCAUCUAACUGGCCACUACUUGUUUUUUUCCAUAUCCCAGUUCCCAGCAGCUUCAUGUCCUUCUGCCACUGAAGAGGAAUAAUAUGAUAUUUAAAACACAUUUUAACUAUGUUCACCAUCUGCCAUCACUGAACACUCUGAAAGCUUUUGAUCAAUCUGCUCUGGAAGAAUGGCGUCCUCUUCCUCUUUUUGAGGCCAUAGAAAAAUUUGACCAGGUGGUUUACAAUGUGAAAUACUGAGUAGUGGCUGCUAGAAGCUGACAGUCUUUUCAGUGAUGGUCUCAUUUGUUUAUGAUAUUAUUACUGAUGUCUCAAAAGGACUGAACCUAUCAUUUAUUGGUAGCAAAUAAUACACAUUUCUAAAGAGCCACUAAACUGAUUUUAAGCUUGCUAUUUUGCAAAAGUAGACAACAAAGGACUUUCUACUUGUUAGUCUAAUUUGUUUAAUUUAUCUUUAUUUAAUACAAAGCGGGCAAUCCACUUGUAUUUGAAUAUUCUCUUACUGAAUUAGGGGCAAGAGCAGUGGUAAAUCUAGGAAAGAAUCAAACGAUAAUGGCCCGGCAGUGUUUAAUUAAAGCCUGUGGUGUUCUGUUUUCCUGCAGAGCUCGAGGUUUCAACCAAUCAACCAGGUCAGAGCACAGACAGUAAAACUGCAGUCCUGUAACAGCAGGACAUUCAUCAGGAAUUGAGAUUGUUCAAAAAAUAAAGUUUGAUGGACACUUACAUUUUUACUCUUAUAUUAAACAUAAAAAUGUGUUCAUAAUUCUGGACAUUUGGUUAAUAGAAAAAACAAAGUGACCGUUUUGUUCACUGCAGUUUGGCAGAAGACUUUGAAACUUUACACAGCUGGAGGCCCACACAUAAUAAUAGUCCUGUAUGAAAAAGCAUUUUAUUGUUUGCAUUUUCUCGUAAUUAUAAUUGGUAGUCACUGCGAGAAAGACAACUGAAAAAAAUCCAGACUAGAUAUCUGCUUUUACACAAUACCAACCUUUGAGUUCAUCUUCAUGUGACCCCUUUCCUUUAACACUGUGGAGAUGCACCCAGUGGGAGUGUGGUCAGUGUAAUGACACAAUGAGGCAAAGACCCUGAAUAAAGUCAGCUCCAGUUCACCAUCAGCAGCCUGGGCUGGUCUCAAACCAGCCAGAGCAUCAGCAAACUCAGAGAUGCAACAACUUGCUCCCAUUCCUCUGAGGAUCUUCAGCGUUCGGCCGUUUUAUGUUCAUGUUUCAUGAGGACUGCUCUUUUCUCACCACUUUAUUCUAUUAUUCAUGUUCAUCGAUGGGUUACUCACAGUCAGGAUGGGAAAUCAGACAUGGCUACCGGCUGAAUUUCUGCUAAAUUCAAGCUGUAGGUGUUAGGUAUGUCCUCUCCACCAGGCCACUUUGAAGUAAAGGUCCAUGUGUGUCACUGUGGUCUGUGGACAGAGACGCUGCUUUCUCAGCCUGUUGAGUUCAACCUGAGACUGCACUUGAUUAUAUUUGUGCCAAGUUUGAUUUUGUUUACAUGUGUCAGUGUUCACAGAAUAAUCCAGUUCUACUUCAUGUACUUUUUCUGUGUUGCUUAACACUAUAAUUUACCAUAACGGUAAUAAUAACCCUAGAGAGGCUCAGCGGAGCCGCAGAGCAUAGAUCACUAUGAGAGCACUGCAUGAGCUCUGCAGAAGUCCUGUACCUGCCAAGGAAUGUGAAGCUGUGCGAGUGUGUGUGUGCACAAUACUUUGCAGGGUACAACUGGAGACUGCUAGUAAGUUUAGUAAAUAGGUACUUAAUUGACUUGCCUGUCAGCUUUAUAUGUGAACUUCUGAUGCACAGUAGCUAUCAAUCUUUGCUUCUCGCCCCCUGAUGAGCUGAUCCCUUCAUAUUCGACAGUAAUAUACGCUCAAAUAAGGUGCAAUAUUUUGCAGCCGAUGAUGCAGUAACUGCCAGAUUCAUACUAAUGUGUCAAAAUGAGAGGUCAUAACAAAAUCCGUUAAAGCGAUAAACUAUCAGAUAAUGUACUAGAAACUGUUUGUUACCUGCAAUUAGUACUUUGUAAGGGUUGUGCCAUUUUCAACUGAUGGUGUAUUAUAACCACAAUUUAUAUUAUAGCUUAAGUUAUUUUUUCUGUCUUACAAGUUAAUACAGAAAAAUAUCAACUUUACAGUCCGACAACUCAACAAGCAUGAUGUUGCUAUUUAUCUUCAGUAAAUUAAGAUUGCCAUUUCAUCAUUGUGACAAGUUACUUCACUAUCUGGGAGUUCUGACCAGCUGCUACAUGCAAGCAUCUCUGAAUUAGCAAUAAGGUUUCCAGCAUAAAUGCCUGUUCAUGGUUAAUAUACGUAGUUUGUAGGUGAAGGGGACCUCUGCAAACCCUGUUCCCAUCCAUUUUAACAGAAGUGUUUUUUCACAACUGUGUUUUUUUUGGCUUCACCAGAUUAUGACAGAUUUCUACCAGCCUAUUAUCAAGCAUAAAGAAAAUAUGGAGAGCCAUCGGCUCCUCGGCAUGAGCUCUUUACAGUUGAUGUCAGAAACACUUUGCUUCACAACAGCCUUAUUCCAGUGUAUCAUUAAUGCACAAGAACACUGUGCCUACAGAGUGGUAUCUGUAUACACAGAAAAAAAGACUGUCCUCUAACUGUUAGGCCCAAUUUCUCCCCCUAUUGUCUGACCUCUCUAUUGAGAGGCCGGGGGGACAACAUAGGACUCCUUUCUGGAUCAAUUAAGUAUUGGGUUAAUGUACAUUAAAGGGUGUAACACCACAUUAAAGAGUUUUAGGUACACAAUAGGAUCAGCUGUGUUGUAAUUUUGUUAUAGAAUGUGAAUCAGAUCUUCAGUGUUAUUGUGUAUUUACAAGUUUGAGGAGAAGUCCACCAUGUCCUUGCGACUAUUUAGGGACCUGUUGGUGAUGAACAUAUUCUGUUACAUUAACGGCAAUAAACAGAAUGUUUGAAUAUCUGAGGGUGGAUUCCUCCUAAAAUACACUGGAAUAAGGCCUUUUUUAAAAAACAUCUGUUACAAGUUACAGUUACGAGACAAUGCAGUACCAAAGAUGCACCACUGUCAUGGGAAAGCCACAACUGGAAUAAACAUCUUCUGCAUGAUGCUGAAGUUCAUCUCAGAUUUUUUUUUUUUACAUUUUGAUUUGAAGAGCUUAGUGUUGAGAACAUUUUACCUUUCAUUGAGACUCAAAAUACCUCACUUAGUUGUGGUUAGUUUCAUUGAAGUAUUGGUACAUUGAGAGGAAAACUGCCGACUGGUGUUUGUCAGUUCACGUUGGCUAUUUUGUUUCACAAGAACUGAAUUUGAGAAGAGCAGGUGUUUGUAUGGUAUGUGACAUUGUGAGAUGAGUUCCUUAUAUUUGUAUAGAAUUGUUUAACAUUAAAACUCAGUCAUGCAAUGUCACGGCUGUGGUCUUUGUGUGAUUGG